ACUUUCAACUUGAAAAACAACACGCUGCUGCUGCUCGCUGCAGGCACGAGUUUGUCUCGAGUGACGGCUGACACCGACGCGACGUUCCGGCAGUUCCGGUAACAUUUGUUCAUUGCUUGUAAGUACACUUCCCUUUACUUUACGAGGAGACAGCAACGAACGCGAUCUCUGUGCAAGUGUGAUGGAGUAAAAGGCACCUUGAGUACCGGCCGAUGCAGGCGCCGGCGCCAGGCCCCGAGGCCCCCGAGGACGUGAUGCGCGCCGCCAAGCAGGCCGUGAGGGCGGCCGUCGAGGCCCGGCUCGCGGCCAUGACGACGGAGGCGCGGGCGGAGCAGUCCAGCCGCGUGCUCGUCAAGCUGCUGGCGCACCCCGCGUACGCGCGCGCCCGCUCGGUGGCCGUGUACCUGAGCACGCCCUCCGAGGUGGACACGAAGCCCGUGCUGGAGGAGCUGCUGGCGGCGGGGCGGGCGUGCUUCGUACCGCGCUACGCGUACGGCAAGGCCAAGCGCGAGCGCGAGGCGAGCGGCCGGCCCUGCAUGGAGAUGGUGCUGCUCCGCGACAUGGACGACUUCCGCGCGCUGCCCGCCACGCCCUGGGGCAUCCCGCAGCCGGACAUGGACGAGCCGCGGCCGCAGCCCGGCGAGGCAGGGACGGGCCCUUUGGACCUGGUGCUGUGCCCUGGGGUGGCCUUCACCAGGGCGGGCGAUCGGCUGGGGCAUGGUGCGGGCUUCUACGACAAGUUCCUGGCGGCGCUGCCGGGCCCCAAGCCCACCACCAUCGCGCUCGCCUUCGCGGAGCAGAUGGUGGACACGCUGCCCACCACGGCCCGCGACGUCACCAUCGACCACAUUCUGACGGGAGAAUGAGGGCGGCGUGGCGUCGGACCAGUGCAAUACCCAGCUAGAAAUGAAAGUCGAAACGACGUCGUCUCGUCGAACGACUUUUAUUUCUGGCUUGGAUAAUGCUCCGCAGGACACCGAACUGAUACAGGGUAAAUUCCUUUUUGUAUUUCUACAUUUUUGUAUAUAAAAGUACAAUGCACAUGUG